CCCUCCCCCCCCCUCCCCAGUUGCUCAGCCACCUUCCCUCUCUGUAACGAACGGAGCCUUCCGCCGCAGCCGGGGCACCUUUGGUUAUAGAUUACUGGCUCCGCCAGCGGGCGGGGUGGUCAUUACUAGUGGUCGAUUGCUUGCCUACUAUAUCCUUACCUUUCUCCCCCGCUACCGGAAGGGAGCUUGCUUCUUACCCGGGCACUCUUCUAGUAGACGGGAGGGGAAAGGUUUGAUAAUUAUUGUUAUUUUUAAGGAUAUACCCUAGUUUUACGAUGAUUUCUAUAAUUUUAUUUAUUUUAUAUGUAUACCAUCUCCGCCGUUGUCCAUCGUGGUUUCAUUUCACCACCACACCUGGUUGGAUUCUAUCUCUUGUCUCCGGCGAAGCCUUGGACAACCAACCAUAUUACUACCACACGUAUUAUGGCGGGGCUCUGGUUUAAUCUAACUUUCUCGCUCCGGCACCAGCGGAGCAACUGUUAGGCUGUAAGUGUUCUCCUGAUACUUAUGUAUCUUUCCACUUACAGGCUACCAACUGUCAGGUCCUUGGAUGCAACGCGACGUUGUACGACCCCUGCGCCCACGAUGAGUGCAGGUCUCACGCUCCGUGUGCCACGCCUUACAACGACAUGAUCGUCUGGCACCCGGAAGCCUGCGCCAUCUGUUACGACCUGGCCAGUCAGCUGGUGGAGGGGGCUGCUGGUGUGAGGGAGGUCGCCCUAGCAACCCUGAAAGCGUGGGUGGGCGGCUUCGGGAAGAACACCGCCAAAGGCCAGCCUUACAUUUUAGACAAGAAGCUGGCCGUUCAGAUCUUCCCCGGUGGCAAGUCAACAGGGUAUGUUGACCCCAUAUCCGCAGCCCCUCUCAUAGCCUCCAUCCAGCAGGAGAUGCAGCAGUCUUUCGGGGUCGUGGCCACGCAAGAGUCGGUCCCGGACGUCGCAACCUUGGACCUUAAUAUUGAGCCUAUGGCGGUAGGUGCUGAGGAUUUGUUGGUUGAGGUAGGUGUGUCGGGUGCCCAAGGUCUUUCCUUGGGCGCUCCUGGAUCUUCUCCUGUCCCUUCUUCUACUGCUUCUUUCCAAGGCUUUGUGGGAUCUGAGAUCCCUACCCGCUCUCCCGCUCUCUCUGUACCCCCAAAGGUGAAGGGACAGAGAGAACCGAAGACCCUGGUUAAGACGACUUCUAAAAAGUCGUCGUCGUCUUCUUCAGCUAAGAAGUCUUCGACUUCCUAUGCUGACGCCGACACGAGCUGGUGCCCAUGA